AUGCAACUCCGAGGUUACCCCAUCGGUAGUGACGCUGCCCCGCCCUGCUUCUCUUUUUGGCAGGAGAAGGCACGUCUACAACGAGAACGUCAGAGGGUAGAGGAACUCCAGAGGCAGCAUGCUGAGUCUCAGAGCCACCUAAACAACCAGCCGGAAUUGAUGCGCGAACGCAUGCAAAAACAGCUACAGGAGACAUCUGAGAUGCUAGAAGGAGCCCUGAGAUGUUAUGAAGACCUGGAGUUCCAGCAACUAGAGCGCGAAAGCCACCUAGAAGAGGAGAAAGAAGCUAUUUGUCGUGCUCUGACUGAAGAGAUCACCCAGUUGCAGAAUAGCAUUAACCAAAGGAAGAAGAGAGUCCAGAAGUUGGAAGGCCAAGCCCUUUUAACACAAGAACAAAUGAUGGGUGUGUGCCAGAGAUUUGCACAAGAAGAGGGAGAGGCUGUCAGCCAUCUCAACGCGGAGAAAAGCCGCCUCAUGGAUAGGAGCCAGGAGUAUUCAGCGAAUGGGGAGGACCUGUCAGAAAAUAAGGAGGGUGUGACCCAGCUGACUUUUACCCAAAAAACGGAUCGGAAGGUCAUUGUCUUGGGCUCCGACCAGUCGGACUCGUCCUCCUGUGUCUUCUCCGUCUGUAGUUCUGUCAAGGGUUCAAUUGGACUGCAACGGACCGCCAGCCUACCUCGCAGGAGCAGGGAUCGCGUCCCGCCCCGCCCUCCUCAACGUCCCAUUUCAAUGCAUGGUGCUCUGGAUCCCAGUCUUCUGGUGGCUCAACUCUCCAAUGGAAGCAAGGGCCAUUAUCUGGGAAGUCCAAACCUUCAAUUCUCACGUUACAACAAACCCCUUUACCAGCUGCUGGGUGGCCAGGCAACUACCAGGCAGGUGGGAACAACCCCUCAAGGAGCUUACAGCCUUGAAAACUGUGUCACCAAACUGGCAGAGAUGGAACGCCGGGUGCGGGAAGCCAUGGCUGAACGAGAACGAUUGCUGCAAGAAAGGGAAGCGAAGAAAGUAGCGGAAGAAGUGAAGCGUAUUGAGUUGUCCUCGUCGAACAUGAUCCACAACCCCAUGGAGAUCCGGGAACCUAAACCGGCUGCCUUUGACCUGCGGAAACAUCUGGAGGCGUCGGGGCAUAGCGUCGAGACUUGCCAGCACGUGAGGGUGACUGGCAAAUCUUGCAAAGGUUACCUAGUCAAAAUGGGCGGGAGGAUCAAGACUUGGAAGAAACGUUGGUUCACUUUCGAUCGGCAGAAGCGCGUCUUGGCGUAUUACACAGACAAAGAAGAGACCAAACUUAAGGGUGUGAUCUAUUUCCAGGCCAUUGAAGAGGUUUAUUGUGAUCAUCUCCGCAGUGCUUUCAAGAGUCCCAACCCGAAACUGACUUUCUGUGUCAAAACCUAUGAUCGUCUCUUUUGCAUGGUGGCCCCAAGUCCAGAGGCUAUGAGGAUCUGGAUGGAUGCAAUUGUCACAGCAGCAGAGGAGAACACUCGAUACUGACUAGGUUUUUCCUAGGAAAUGGACACUUAAACUCUUCGGUUUAGCACUUCUUCCCAAGGUUUUACUGGGGUAUCUCCUUCUAAGGGAAAACCGAUCAACAAGACAUCCAGUGGCCGAACUUGGAUGCUUUAAUGUUGGCUGGAGUCUUAACUACCAUAUAGGGCUUGUUCGGUACCCAGAGUUGCAGCUGUCGAUGCUUAAAGAUGAUGGAUAGGUUGAAUGUUUCAUGGACUAGCUCAGAAGACAUUUCCAAUCACACAAAGUCUGCUGGAGAAAACUUUGAAAAGGCCUUUUGGAAGACCAGGCUGUUGGUAUGGAUUCCAGCCCGUGGCAUAAAAGAUAGCAAACUUAUUCCAGAGAAUUCAGAACAAUUUCUCUGGAAGAUGCCCUUAACUCCAAAAAAAAAAAAAAAAAAAAUGACGCUUCUCUGGAAAUCAGA